CGCUAUUCCCCCGUUGUAACUAGAGAAGUUCCGCUCGAAGCCGAGGUCGUACUAACUCAAAUUAAAAUGUCCUACCGAUUCGCCAGUUUUCUCUUGUUGUGUUCUUGGAGUUCUUACUGGGCCAGUGCCCAGGUAUGUCCCUACGGUUGGAUAGACCGGCCCAAUAGCGACAGUUGUUACUUAGUGACGACGGCAGAAACCCGCUACAAAUGGCGGGAGGCCACCCUCCGGUGCCAAACCCACGACGCCCAUCUGUUUACAAUCAAUGAUGAUGCGGAGAAGACGUUCAUCAUCAGCAAACUUCGCCAACUGUCGCAAGUACACCAGGAUGUAAUUGACUGGUGGACGGGGCUGGUCAACCGAGGGGACGGGAAACGAUGGGUGUGGUCUGAUGGAAGCACAGUCAACAUGACAUUCAUCCCGUGGAAGGGCCAGCGCCCCACGGCGACGAACAACAAGAUGCAGUGUACGACAAUCAACAUGCUUCAGUUCCAAACGACCGGCUGCCUAGCUUGGAAACGAAUCUUGUGUGAACGCUCUAAAAGUAUACCUCUCACGUGUGACGACUCGCAACAAUGGGAAGCUGUGAACGGAUCGUGUUACAAGGCGUUCAGCGGCAAACUCACUUUCACUGACGCAAGUUUAUCGUGUCAAAAAUACAGCGCGCAGCUUCCGACAGUUGACAACUGGGACACCCAGGUUUACUUGUGGGACAAAACACGAAACAUCGGCGGAAAUAUCUGGUCAGGUCUUUACUCAGACCUAGAGGGAAAGUCGAUAACGUGGAAAUGGAUAAAUGGAGACGAUUUUACUGGACAGAAGUUCUGGGCCCCCAACAAUCCAGGAAACAUCCGGUAUGCUAUCUCAGACAUUACUGGACAAAACAGUCAACAUGAUGUCCAUGCGAACAACACGUGUGUUGAGAUCAGCCAGACCAAGAGAGCGCGCAGACUGUACUCGUGGUACGUGACGCCCUGUGACUCACUUCUGCAGUACGUGUGCCAGAAACCCCAGGGUGUGUGUUCAGAAGGGUGGCUACAGCAUCAGACGCUAUGCUACAAGUUCAACCCGACAUACAGCUUGUCCUGGCCAAAAGCCAAACAGUACUGUGAGGGCCAAGGGGGAGAACUCGCUCGAAUAACUUCGCCAGCGCACCAGGCGUUUAUAAACCAAUAUCUGGGACAGCAGGCUGAAAUCGGCUUCGACAGACUCUGGAUUGGCAUCUCUGAUAACGGAAACAACGCAGGACCAUUCACGUGGUCAAACCUGACUGGUUUGGGUUCUUUUUUAAACUGGGCCACCGGAAACCCCGUCAACAAACCCGGAACUCAGGACUGUGCAUUUAUAGACACACGAGACUUGAAAGGGAAGUGGCAGACAACUGGUGACUGUACACAAGUGAACUCUUUUAUCUGUUCUAUACCAGUUAACUCCCCUGUGAAAAAAAUCGCAACACCCGCACCUCACUUCAACUGUGAUCCUGGCUGGGAUGUGUUCUCGGACCAAUGUUUCCUCUUCAACGACACCGACCUGUCCUGGGUGGACGCCAGGGGGGCGUGUCAGGGAGCGGGGGCGGACCUGACAGUCAUUCUCAACUCACAGACGCAAGCGUUCGUCAACGGCAGAAUCCAAGGAGGCGACUACUGGAUUGGACUAAACGACAGGGCGGUGGAGGGCACGUUCAGGUGGCUCGACUCUACAGACAAGCUGACGUUCAAACACUGGAAUAGCAAAGAACCUAACAACAUAAACAGCGAGAACUGCGUGGGUAUUCUGGGCAAAUGGGGAGCCAACCAGAACGGGAAAUGGAACGACUACCAGUGUCAUAAGAAAUAUCGCUAUAUCUGCCAGAAGCACGCCAACAACGGCGGAGUUACUCUGAUGACGUCACCCACACCACCAACAUGGAGUGCAAAGUGUGGUGCAUUCUGGGAAGAAAGUCCCCACUCAGAUUACUGUUACCAGUUCAGCGAGAAGCUGCUGACGUACAUGGACGCUCGCGACGUGUGUAGACACAGGGGCGGAACGCUGGCCAGCAUAACAUCGCUACAGGAGCAGUACUAUAUAUCCGGUCGAAUGAGGGGCGUCACUGUGACCGCUAUGUGGAUUGGCGCCAACGACCGGAGCCAGGAGGCAGGCUGGAAGUGGGAAGACGGGUCGCCGUUUGCCUUCUUUAACUGGGACGCAGGGGAACCCAACGACUACGGCCAAGAAGAAGACUGUGCGAGUAUCCUGGUGACGACGUCCUACUGGAACGACUACAACUGUCACAGGAGAAACGGCUUCAUCUGCAAGAAACUCGGCACAGCCACUGGAACAACGACUGUGACAACAUCGCCGGUGACGGUGCCAGCCGGAUGGUCGUACGGAUGUGACAGUGGGUGGAAGAGCUACCUCAAUGCUUGUUUUCUCAUUGUGCGCAAGCCAGUCACGUGGUCAGAUGCUCGCGCAGACUGCAGAGCUAAUGGUGGAGACCUCGCUAGCGUGUACAGCAAGGAAGAAAACAACUUUCUUAUGAGUCAAAUUCCAAAACGCAGUAACGAUGCGAUGUGGCUGGGACUCAACGACAGACAGAUGCAGAUGAACUUCAAAUGGACGGACGGAAGUAAAGUCGUCUAUACGAACUGGGCUGUCUCGGAACCCAACAACUACGGCGGACUACACGAAGAUUGUGUUCUCAUGUUCUCGGCGUCGGGUCAAUGGAAUGAUCAUGUUUGUGAUUACAACGCCCAAGGUUACGUAUGUAGACGUCACAAGCAAAUAUUAUCAACAACUGUACAGCCGGCAUAUUCUGUUGGAUGCCCAAAGGGUUCGUUUGGCUACGAGGCUCAGUGUUAUACUUUCCAUACCUCCCCGUUGUCCUGGAGCGCCGCAGAAAACGUGUGCAAAAGUAAACAAGGUCACCUUGCGACAGUUACUGACAGUUCAACAAAGUGCCUCAAUGAUAAUAUAUUUUACAUAACUAUAUAUGCCGCAAUAAAUACAGAAAGAAAGAAAGAAAGAAAGAAAGAAAGAGAGAAAAAACAAACUAAAAGAAAUCACAAAAAAAAAAAAAAAAAAUCCCCCGAAACAAACAAGAAACAAAUUAAUGUUGUUGAAUAUAUGGUCGGGUUUCUACUCAGGUAUAUCCAGGCGUUUGUGGCGGCGGAGCUGGUGAACCGUGACGACGUCUACUGGAUCGGACUGUCCGACAGCGCCACGCCCGGACACUACUACUGGGCGAGCAACGUGAGCGUCACCUACACGCCGUGGGGCAGGGCGCACAACGGAAGCGAACGAAACACCUGUGUUGCCAUGACAACUCUACGACCGGUGGGACUGUGGCAGAAUGUUGACUGUAGUGUAAAGAAGCCGUAUAUCUGUGAGACAUUAAGAGAGGGGUUCACCACUCCCACCCCCACCACCACCCCACCCACCACGGCCUAUGUCAGCUGCCCUAAGUUUUGGCACGCCCACAAUGAUUACUGUUAUAGGGGAGAUCAGCAAACUAGCGGUACAUCAAAGUCGUGGGUUGAUGCCCGGGACUACUGCAGAGGACUGGGCGGUGACCUGGCCAGCAUACACGACGAGACGACCAACGCGUUUAUUCUGAACACCGUCUUAAGGUAUUCUUAUAGAGGCAACUUUUGGAUUGGACUCAAUGAUCUAGAUUCGGAGACAAGUUACAAAUGGUCGGACGGUUCGGCGUUCGUGUACGCCAAAUGGUACCCCGGAGAGCCGAAUAAUAGCCAUGACAACGAAGACUGCGUGGAAGUAAACAAAUUCACGAAGAGUUGGAACGACAAUAACUGCUUUAUAGCUAGAAGCUUUAUAUGUCAGAUCCGCAGAGGAAUGACGAUUCCGACAACCACGCUGAAACCGACGACUCCCACAAUCAUGUGUGCUGACAAGGGCUGGAUGUCGCACGGCGGCUACUGCUACUACGUCAGCAAACCGUACGGCGUGGGCGUCAAGAAGACGUGGUUCAGUUCCAGACGGUUCUGUAUGGCGGCAGGAGGCGACCUCCUCAGCAUCAACAGCAGGGACGAACACAACUACAUCACCGCCAUGAUAAGCAAGUCAUCUACCUUGAAGUACUGGACUGGACUUAACGUGCUCGGUGUUUCCAGCUAUCGGUGGUCCGAUGGUAAUCCAGUUAACUACUAUGCCUGGAAUGCAAAUGAACCGAACGAUGCAUUUGGCGGACAGAAGUGUGUGGACAUGUACAGUACUAGCGGUCUAUGGAAUGAUGACAGUUGCAUGGACAUGAAUGGUUUCAUCUGCAAGAAAUUAAAUGCGACAUCCACACCUAAAAUACCAGUACCCACCCCCUUGAUACACGGCGGCUGUCCGUCCGGGUUUACACACAGUAUAGGAAACACGUGCUUCUAUAUUGGCGGACUAAACGUAAGUACCAGUCGAUCAUGGGAAGCGGCGAGGAAUGCCUGCAGGGCAAUGAGCGGCGGCAACAAAAAAUCUGAAAUUGCAACAAUUAGCAACUACGAAGCACAAGCUUUCCUCAUCACACUAGUCAAGAACGUGACGGCUCCCCUAUGGAUCGGACUAAAUGCACGCAACACAGCCUAUCGUCAUGGUUACUUCGUCUGGCAAGAUAACAGUGAAGUGUCCUAUACCAACUGGGCUAAAGGCGAACCUAACAACAUAUAUGGCUACAUGACGUCCCAGUGUGUGGAGAUGUACACGACCAAAGGCAAGGUCGGGCAGUGGAACAGCGAAGGCUGUACUCGAACACGUGGAUAUAUCUGUCAGACAGUUAAAGAUUCGGCUGUACCUACAGCUGCCCCCUCUACGACGUCGUGCACGUCAGGUUACACGUCGUACGGUUCGAGCUGCUACCGUGUUUUCACUCAGAGAAAGAUAUGGCUGGAUGCGGAAAUGACGUGUCAUAACGCGUCUGGAAACCUGGUCUCGAUAAACGACGUCUACGAACAGUCGUAUAUAGACACACUGGUCAGUGAGAACAGCAAGCUCACGCACAGUCCAGUGUGGAUAGGACUCUCCGAUUCCAAGAUGAAAGGUGUGUAUACCUGGUCCGACGGUUGGCCAGUGUGGUAUACUAGGUGGGGUCAAGAUGAACCGACAAGGGCGACAGACGAAGGGUGUGUCGCACUGCAGGCUUUGAAAUGGAACGACACGACCUGCAGCCUGAAGUAUCCGUUCAUCUGCGAAAUUAACUCAGUGAAGCCUCCACCAACCACCCCCGUGCCCCCGGGAUACUGCUCUAACAGUAAGUGGCAUGCUUUCGGCGACUUCUGCUACCUGGCCUUCCCGGCGGACAGCAAGUCAUGGCCCGAGGCUCGCUACAUGUGCACACACAGGGGCAUGCAGCUAGUCAGCAUUCACAGCCAGGAGGAGCUGGACUUUGUGCUGCAGCUUGUGAAGGACUCGACAACCACCUCGAGAUUCGGCUUCGUAUUCCACAGGCCCAAUGUCUGGCUGGGCCUGACGAAUGCGUUAAGAGCUGGUUUUGAGUGGGUGGAUGGGUCACCGACUAACUUCCUGAAAUGGUCGAAAGGAGAACCGUCUGACUCGGCCACCGGGAGCUCCCAGCACGAGGAAUGUGUGGAGAUGUACAGGUCAAACGGACAGUGGAAUGACCUGGACUGCAUGCAGAACCGAGGAUACGUCUGUAAAACUAUGAAAACAUUCCCUUCAACUUCAACAUCAACAUCAACAUCAACUUCAACAUCAACAUCAACAUCAACAUCAACAACUGUUUUGACCACCACAACCAUGAGGCCUUCAACGCGACGUCAGACCACACGUCAUCAGAAUCCACAAACGCCAGCAGCAGCAGUGACAACCAAGAAGACACACGUUCCCUUCACAUUUAGACCACUGACCUGGCCCCAGCCGUACUCCCCCAGACACCUUCCACAGAGGCAGCAUGCGGAUUCCGGCGGGUUAACGAGGGGUCAAGUUGCCGGGAUCAUCAUAGGCGUGGUCGGGUUCUUGAUCAUCGUGUGUUCCGUGCUUGUUAUAUUCAAGAGGAGGACACACGCUGCAACUAUGUCGUCUGCUGGGGGCUUUGAUAAUGCACUGUUUUCCAAGGACGAGGACCACGUGACUGUAUCCAAUGGAACUGGCAGCAGCUCCCAUAAUGUGAUGUCUGAGAAUGAUGUCAGUGAUGCUGCCGAAUGUUGAAAUGAGAUAUUUCUAGAGGAAUGUGAAGAAAAACAAAACAAAAGGGUUUCUUGUGUGUUUGCCAGCAUCAUUCCCAUGUGCUACAUUUCAUCGUCGUGUGUGUUUUAAAAAAAAUAAUUGAUAAGUUGGCUGGGUUAUUGGUUUUCACAGAUGACAUCAUAUUACCCAUACUGUAUUCGUCAUGGGUUUUUAGUGUCAAAUGGCGUGCGUAUUGGUGCAAUAGGUUCGAAUCCCGUCAGCAGACACUUGUGUUUUAUUACACAAAAAACCUCCUCAUAAAAAAUAAGCAACUUGAGGUGGGGGUUUUUUCCACAAAUAAUUUUUUUUCAUAGGAAUGUCGACUUAUUUUAACAAUAUUAAAAAUAUACAUUUGUACCAUACACAUGACUGUGUCCAGACAUCUGAGAUUUGAAAAUAUGCGUGAUUAAUUUAUCGGUUACGCAGAACCAAAUCCAUGCAACCCAUUUCGGUUUUGCGUAACCCGUUAUAUCCAUGCAAAUGGUGCUCAAAAUUUUGCGCGAACAAAAAAUUUUUUACGCAAAGGCCUGACUGUGCCAAAGACGCAAAAUAUCAGUACCAUAAAUGGUACAAAGACGGACAUCUAUUUUAUUGCAACUGCAUGAGCGUGUACAGGACAUUUUGUUUAUAGAAGGGGUUUAGACUGUGUCGAGAGCGAAGUUUACAGAGGUGUCGAGUCAUGCUCCCUAGAAAAAAUAUAUUGCAAACAUACUCCCAAAACAUUGCCCCUGUACACGCGCUUGUACUAUAAUUAAAAAUACGAGUAUAUCAUAUUGAUUAAACAUAGCUUGUGUUUUGCCAUGAUAAAAUUAAUCCUUCAUAUAAUGUUCACAAGAUAUUGACAGUUUUAAUAAACACAAAACCUAAAGGGAU